ACUUCCAUAGAUGGACAUUCAAGUUGAAAAUUCUAUCCCAGAAACGUCUCCGCCACGUUACCGCUUGUCAAGCAGCCACCGCGCCUAUAAAUGCCCGAUCACCCAUGUUCAACUCUCCUCCCACCCCCAACUCGUCUCCUCUAUUCACCAUCACCACCACCGCCCUCGUCAUGGAACACACUGCCUCGGCUCAGCCCUUCGACCCUUUCUUCGACAUUCAACCUCAGCAACGCUCCAUGGCCUCCUCCAUCUGGGCGCCUCAGCCGCAGCCGUCCGAGACGGCCUGGUCAAAAGCCAUCGACUCGUUCGCUCGUGUCAACGGUGGAAACAACCCUGCGCGGCCGGAUCCACGUCGUGUUAGCUCUUUCCCCACCGGUAAUAACAGCUGUGAGGAUGUUUUUGGUCCUGUCGGCUUGAACGGCUACCUCCACAAGAAGAAUGUCGGGGCCAUCGGCGACGGUCGCAAGAAGGGCUCUCCCACCUUCGAGGACGUCCACGUCGAGCAGUUAUUGCGUACUCUGAACCUUCAUUCCCCCGUGCCUUGCAUUGCUCAGUCCGGAGACGCUCAGUCUUUGCAGACGUCUCCUGAUUUAUCGCCCGUUUCCAACAACUCUGCUCUCCUCACUCCCACCGACCUCUCUCCUGCCAAAACGUUCGACCUCAAGUCGAAUUCAACGUAUGGGCUUGGAAUAAUCCACGAGCAACAGAACGAUCGUCUCUAUGAGACGACUGUCCCAUACAGAUAUAACGAUGUACUCGGAUCGCAGACUAUACCGACCAUCAUCCGCCCGUCGCACAAUGUCCCCCCUCCUCGACGAGAGGCGAGCGGCCUUCCCUUCUUUGAACCGUUAUCUGAGGUGUCCUCAUCGACGUCGGGCUCCCAGGCUUUCUUCCACCCGUUCUCUCACUCGCAGCUUGUCCAGCCUCGCGUUGAAAAUGCUCCACAAGCUCAGAACUCUUGGACCCAACAGCGCGUUCGUACAUCCUCUGACUGGGUACAGAUAGAGGAUAGGACCGUAGCAGACUUCUCUUCGAGCGCGUUCACGAACGAGUCUGUAGCGCACUCACGUCAACCUAGCCAUAUGACAUCCCAUUCAAGCAGUCAUUCGCAUUCCCACGAGCCCAUCAACUUCCUGUCUCUGCUUCACCCUUCGUCGACGCCGCCGUAUCAUCUCUUCGUGGCUCGCAUCAUCAAGUCCUCGGACCAACAAGCGUCUAUAUUUCUUCAACAAAAACUCAAGGUUGCCGACAGCGACGAGCGUGCCAAGAUUGUAGACGCUAUAUGCGCGAAAGGUUUCGAGAUGAUGGCUCACCGCUUUGGAAACUGGGCCGUCCAGCGGUGUCUUGAAGCGACCGCCAGUCCCGAAGAAAGACGUAAGAUUGUGAACUGCAUGAGGGGUCGCAUCGUUGAGCUUGCUACCAAUUGCUACGGUUGCCAUGUUCUGCAAAAAGCUUUGGACUGCGAAGAAGACAUCAGGCUUCUGAUUGUCUCCGAGCUUUUGCUGGGUGAUCCCGCUCAAACGCUGGUGAACAAGCAUGCCUCUCACGUUUGGAGCAAGAUCAUGGAGUUGACCUGGACGCCGCCGGCUCCCCCUAUCUUCGCAUACGUCAACAAGUCUCUGAAGGGCAAAUGGGCUGCUUUGGCGUGUCACGAGACAGGCUCGCUCGUCGUUCAGCAUGCAUUCGAGAAUCUGGAAGAGUCUGCUAAGGAUGGCAUCGUAGACGAGCUGCUCAACCAAGGCUCUGCGGUCUUCAGUGAAGUGGCGAAGAGCCAGUGGGGAUCCUACUGCAUCCAGCAUAUUCUCGAGCACGGUUCCAAAAAGCAUCAAGACAUGGCACUCGAGCACCUUCUUGCAGGCUUGCUCGAGUAUGCCACGAAUGAACAGGGCGUCAAGUCGGUGACGAAAGCUCUUAAAGAGGGAGGCAAGGAGACUCUUGACAAGAUCAUCAAACGCAUGUGUGAGCCGGCGAAAGGCGGUCGAAGGGCCACGAUAGUUGAUCUGGCUUUGUCUGUAACCGGUAGUCAGCUCAUCGCAAGCGUCCUACCCAACGCCGACAAGGAUCAGCGUGCGUUCCUAUACGAUUCUAUCCGCGGCCAUAUCGUCACACUUCGCGGUUGCAAGACUGGAUCAAAAGUCAUCUGGCUCUUCGACAGGAUGCGCGCAUACUACGGUUAUUGAAAGCGCAUGAUGUUGUCCGGCCGACUCUCACCAAUAUUCUUUCGGACAUAUAUCCAGCGGCAUCUCACGCACGAAUCAACGGUCAUCAACAUGCAGUACAUCAUCUCCUUGAAAAUUCGGAUAAUCACAUAUUCAUCUUCCGCUGCAAUCACGCUCAAAUUAUUGUCG